GGUUCUCUAUGAAUGUUUCCUAGGUUGCUUUCAACAGGGAAGUUCGUACCCCUAGUGUCACUCUUGAAGGCGAUAUCUUUCAGCCCAGUGGUCUUUUGACUGGUGGAAGCCGCAAGGGUGGGGGUGAUCUGUUAAGGCAGCUUCAUGAGCUGGCUGAAGCUGAGCUAAAACUCUCUGAGCAUCAGAAAAGGUUGACUGAGAUUGAAGCUAAGAUAAGAGAGAUUCAACCUCUUCACAAGAAGUUCGUGGAGCUUAAACAACAGUUAGAACUCAAAUCAUAUGACCUUAAAUUAUUUCAGGGCAGGGCUGAACAAAAUGAGCAUCAUAAGCUUGGUGAAUUAGUAAAGAGGAUUGAGCUAGAGCUACAAGAAGCUAAUACUGCAGCCAAAGAAAAGAAACUUUUGCAUGAAGAUUGUAUGAAUAAAGUGUCAUUUCUUGAGAAAUCAAUCAAAGAGCAUGCCAACAGUCGGGAGGGAAGGCUGAAAGAUUUGGAAAAGAAGAUCAAAGAGACAAAAGCUCUACUCCAGUCAGCUUCAAAGGAUCUCAAGGGACAUGAAAAUGAAAAGGAGAAGCUUAUUAUGGAAAAGGAUGUUGUUUUAAAAGAGCUUGCAUCUUUGGAGCUCAGUUGUCUUCUUUGAGAGCACAAAUUGAUGGACUCAUUUCAGAAGUAGAAGAACAGAAAGAGAAGCUCUUGAUCUAAGUCACACCCAGAAUAUUGGAAGAAUGAUCAAAAGUCAUUUCCCACACUCUCAGCUGGAAUCAGAUCGAUCUGCAACAAGAAAGUCUGUCAUGAUCAUGAUCUAAGAGACUUGGCUCACCUUGUGGAAGAAUUAACGUUGCAAGUGUUUUAGUUGUGAUCUCGCAGAAGAAAUAAUCAACUUUUCAUUUUUGAAUACCAUCGAUUGUACAAAAAAGAAACGAUGGGGGAGGCUGUUCUUGGUGCAUUCCUCCCGGUGCUGCUUGAGAAGUUGGCGGAUCAAGAGAUCACUGAGUACGUUUAGAGGUUCGUCUUCUUGGAUUUGGAUCCCUAAACGAGUUCAUCUUGCUUCAAUUUGGACUGGUUGUGAUUUAAGCGGAAUCAGAGACUUGCUUACCAUCGAAGUGGAAGACUUCGCUGGUGCAUAUCAAAGUGAACUAGCUUUCAUUUUGAACUUUGAAGUACUCGUACAAAAACGCUAUGGAAGAGGCGGUUCUUGGGGCAUUGCUUCCGGUGCUGCUCGACAAGUUAGCGCAGCGAGAGGUCUUUCAGUACUUCAGACGUCUUAAGGGAGUCAACAAAACGGUGAGGGAGAAGUGGACUACGACGUUGACUGCAAUUGAGGCGGUGCUGAGUGAUGCGGAAGAGAAGCAAAUAACACAAAGAGGAGUGAAACUGUGGCUAGAUGAUCUCAGAGAUUUGGCUUACGAUAUUGAAGACAUAUUAGACACAUUUGCUACUAAAGUGCUGAAGCGAAGGAUAGAAAGACAACAUGGAAGAAAAAGCAAGUACUCAUGGAUCAACUCACUUUGUAGAGCUAAAUUCAAUUUAAGUUUGAACUCAGAAAUCCAGAAGAUAAGUGAUCGACUUGAGGAGAUAACUGCUCGAGAAAAGCAGUUUGGUCUGAAUAAGAAACUUGGAGAGUCUAAAAAGCCGCGGGAAAUGCCACCCAGUACUACAUCUCAACUACCAGAUGGACCUGUGAUCGGAAGGGAUGAAGCAAAGAAAAACAUUCUUAAUGAUGUGCUCUUAAAAGGCGAACAUAGUACCAGCAAUUUUCAUAACUUUUGUGUGGUUUCCAUUGUUGGUACGGGUGGACUAGGAAAGACAACACUUGCUAAAGAUGUCUUCAAGGAUGAUGCGACUGAACAAUUUCGCCCAAAGGGAUGGGUGUCUGUGUCCGAUGACUUCGACCUUCUAAGGGUGACAACUGCAGUUCUUGAAUCUGUCACAACAGGCGAUGUGAAGGAAUCUAAAGAGCUCAAUUCAGUUUUGAAAAAGUUGAGUGAGGAAUUGGCAGGCAAGAAGUUUUUGAUUGUUCUAGAUGAUGUCUGGAAUACAUGCAACUACGAUCAAUGGACAACAUUGCAGUCGGCUUUUCGUGUUGGAGCAGUAGGAAGCAAGAUCAUUGUGACGACGCGUGAUGCGAAUGUUGCAAAGAUGAUGGGAGACAAUAAACCUCAUAACUUGGAGUCGAUGUCAGGAGAUGGUUGUUGGAAGAUCUUUGAGCAUCAUGCACUGUUAAACAACAUAUCCCAAGAUGUUGAGUUGUUUAAGAAGAAAAUUGUAGAAAAAUGCAAUGGGUUGCCGUUAGCUGCAAAGACUCUUGGUGGUCUUUUACGUUGUAAAGAAAAAGAUGAAUGGGAAGAAGUACUAGAGCACAAGAUGUGGAAUCUAUCAGACCAGAUGGGCAUCCUCCCAGCAUUGAAGUUGAGCUAUCACUAUCUCCCAUCAAAUUUGAAACGGUGUUUCACCUAUUGCGCGAUACUUCCAAAUGAUUAUGAAUUUGAGGAGAUGCAGUUGGUUCUUUUUUGGAUGGCAGAGGAUUUGAUUCAGCAGCUACCAGAAGGAAACAAACAAAUGGAAGAUUUGGGACGUGACAAUUUUCAAGAGUUGGUGUCCAGGUCAUUAUUUCAAAAAUCAAGCAAAACAGAGUCGAAAUACAUAAUGCAUGACCUGGUUACUGAUUUGGCACGUUGGGCUGCAGGAAGCUCAUGUUCUAGAUUGGAGGAUAUGCAGAAUUAUUACUUGCAACAUAGAUGUUUGCCCAAGGUUCGUCAUUCGUCUUACAUUCCUGGAGAGUAUGAUGGAGUUAAGAAGUUUGAGGUCUAUUCUGAAGCUACAUCUUUGCGGACGUUCUUACCACUUUCACUUUCAUAUUGGAAUUAUAAUUAUCUGGCUCGGAAGGUUACUUCUGAUUUAUUGACCAAACUCCAUUACUUACGACUGCUCUCUCUAAAUGGAUACCGAAUAACCGAGUUGCCAGAUACAAUUGGUGAAUUGAAGCAUCUACGGUAUCUUGAUCUCUCCCACACUCGGAUAAGAAGUUUGCCAGACUCGACAACAACUCUGUACAACUUGCAGACAUUGUUAUUGAAAAGUUGUGACGAGUUGAAGGCACUGCCCACAAGCAUGAGGAACCUAGUUAAUUUGCGUCAUCUCAACAAUUCAGAUACACGGUCAUUGGAAGAAAUGCCUCCUCAGCUUGGUCAAUUGACUAACCUCCAAACAUUGCCUGAGUUUGUUAUUGGCAAAGGUAGUGGAUCAGGAGUAAGAGAGAUUGAGUCAUUAUCGCAUCUGCAAGGGACAUUGCACAUCUCAAGGCUAGAAAACGUGAUUUGUGUCGAGGAUGCCAGGAGUGCCAACUUAAAGAGCAAGGAAAGGCUUGAAGCCCUAUUUCUUGAAUGGUCUUCUUCGAGUGUCUCAACAGUAGAUGCAGCAAUUGUGCUUGACAUGUUACAACCUCAUAGCAAGCUCAAAAAGCUCACCAUCAAAGGUUAUGGUGGAUUGGAAUUUUCAACAUGGAUUGGGAAUCCUUCAUUCACUAAAAUGGUGCGGGUAAGGUUAGAACGUUGUAAUCAUUGUCAAUUCUUGCCACCAUUCGGACAGUUGCCUUGUCUCAAAGAACUUUGUAUACAAGAAAUGGAUGCAGUCGAGAGUGUUGGUAUCGAGUUUUAUGGAGAAGGUAACUUGUCGUUUCAUGUUUUAGAGACCCUGGAGUUACAUAAUCUGAAAAAUUGGAAGAAGUGGUAUCCUUGCCAACAAAGUGAGGGUGUUGAAGUUUUAUCUUGCCUGAAAAAGCUUUCCAUCAGGGGCUGCCCCAAAUUGGAGGGUGAUUUACCAGAGAAGCUCGAUUCAUUAGCACAGCUUGAGAUAGAUGGAUGUGAGGAAUUGGUGGUUUCAGUAUCCAAAUAUAAACAGCUUCAUGGAUCAAACAUCAGAAAUUGCAAGAUGGUGGUGUACGACACAAGUGUAGUUCAGUUUGACUUACUAGAGAGUUUGACAUUUUCAAAUGUAUCAGAAUUGAGAUUCCAAACAGAGACGUUCAUGAAAAGCUUGAAAAACGUUAAAGAGUUGAAGAUCACUGGUUGUGAGGAGCUUACACGUUGCUUUCAAAAUGAGGAUAGAUUACUGCAACACUUGAUUUCUCUUGGUUGUCUAUAUAUCGAAGACAACUCGAUCCUUGUUGAAAAGCUAGGGAUUGAAGCAGAGCAGUUGGUGCAAUUGCAAAUCCUGGAUUGCAAGAUUGAACGUCUGGAAUUAAGCAAGUGUGGAAGCCUUGUGAAGGUACCAAAAGGAUUGCAUCACCUUACAUCACUUAAAGAGCUGCACAUAAGUAAAUGUUCAAGUCUUGUUUCUUUUCCAGAUGUUGGUCUGCCACCUUGUCUCCAAGUCAUAGAAAUUCGGUACUGCGAAUCUCUUUCGCACUUUGCAAAAUACCAGAUUCCUCCCAGCCUAAAAAGAAUAGAGAUCAUGAAUUGUGGGAAUUUGAAGUCAUUAAUAGAGAAAGAGGAGGAGGUGGGUAACGGUUCUUCUUCUUCUUGUCUUGAGCAUUUGGAGAUAAGAAGAUGUCCCUCUUUGAUGUGCUUAUUAUGCAAAGAUCAAUUACCCAGGUCUCUUAAACAGCUUGAGACACGGGAUUGUGGACAGCUGGAGCUAAUAACUGAGAGGUUCCUCGAUGACAGCUGUCAACUCGAAAAAAUUAUCAUCUGGGACUGCCCAAACCUGAAAUCCUUACCCGAGGGAAUGUGCCACCUCACCAAUCUUCAGUUAUUAACUAUUGUGCGUUGUCAAAGUCUUGUUUCGUUGCCGAGAAUGAAUGUGUGGCCAAGAGGGAUACAUAUCCUAAAUUGCGAUAAAUUGGAGGUGGCACAGUUGGCGAGAGACAUGAUGCACAGUAAUCUUGUAUAUCUGAGAAUUGAUUACUUUGAAGGUUUGACAACUACAACUUCCUUCCCCACCAACCUAACAUCACUGUCAAUUGACAAGAUCAAGAAUUGUAAGGCGCUGAUGGAGUUUCAAGGGUUGCAGAGACUCGCCUCUUUGACACGUUUGUAUCUGAGCGGUGAAGAUGAUGGAGGUCUGGUGUCAUUUCCACCUGCUGCUGAGAAUUCAAAGGAGACGGAGAUACUGCUCCCCAGAUCUCUUGUUUUUUUGGGAAUUGAAGACUUCCCAAAUCUAAAGAAACUGAGCAAGGGCUUUCAAUUCCUCACCUCUCUUGAAAGUAUUUGGAUCUUCAACUGUCUGAAGCUUACAACCCUUCCAGUGGAGGAAGGCCUGCCUCUUUCACUUGUGCGACUUGAUAUUUACAACUGUCCUCUACUUGAACAGAGAUACAAAGGACGAUACCGGCACAAGAUAGCACACAUCCCUCGCGUAGAAAUUAAUUGGGAAGACAUAUAAGAGAAAAAGCCACACUUCUCGAUGGAGUGGUUUCCAGGUCUCCUAAUGCUCAAAACUGUUGAUCACAUCCUUUUCCUCCACAAAAUAUGAUAUUAAUUUGGAUUCUCAAUUCCAGAAAGUUUAAUUCUGUGGAAACAAUAUCAAAGAAACUUAGCUUCCAGAAUGCAAUUCCAUCUGGAUAGUCCUUUGCGUCCCUUGCGUACAAUAUGGGUUAUAGAGUCCUUUACAGGUCUCCAUAUAAUAUGACAUUUGGAGUCUCAACUCGAUCCCUUCCGGGAAGUUUGUGAUAGAAACAAUAUCAGCUCUGUCGAGGCAUUUUGUCACAGCCAGGAUAUAUGGUUCUGAGGAUGCCCUGGGAAUAGGUUUAACAGAGGCUAUUCAAGAUGGGACGGUGGAAAGAGAAAACAUUUUUGUUACCUCUAUGUUAUGGGGUGGUCAUCAUCAUUACCCUGUUGUUUCAGUGCUCUAAAAUGGUUAUGUUGGUUGAUAACUUGAUAUUGUGGACUUCAAUGGUAGCUUUUUGGCUGGUGCGAAUCUGAUAAUAUUAGUGAUACUAAGGCUGGGGGACUGUUUUAAUUUGUAUUGGUGAUUGAGUUGCGGAGGACUGGAGGCCGCUGUAAAGAAGAAGCUCAAUGUUAUAAGCGUUCAUCUGAUGAGUUCAAAGUCUUUGGUUGGAGUAGCUAGCUGGAGUUGCAUCAGAGAUUCAAAAGGAAAAGAAGGGGGUGUGACGUGUAAGUUAUGGUGAGCUUUUUGUUACAAACUCAGGGAAUCACCUCUUUGAAUUGAACAAGAGAUCUGGGGAGAAGCAUGAGUGAACACUGUGAACCCAAAGUCUCAUCUAUCUCAGCACAUUGCCCUCUCAGCACAUUGCCUCUCCCACUACCAGGACCACCAGAGAAUGAGGUCAACAUAACGUAACAACCUCUUCCAAGGCAACAUAACUGAUCAUUCAUACGAAUGACAUACUUCUUUGCUAUCAUUUCUGAGAAUAACUUGGUCUGAUUCGUCGAACGCUUCUCUUUUGGUUCAGAUGUUUUACUUUACCACGGUGAAUGAUCCUUCCUAGUAAAGCUUAUUCAUCUUCAAGACACGUACGUAUGAGAAACUUCUUGUUUGUUUACGUGUGUUGGCUAGAAUGAUCAUGCAAACAAUCUCACAGCUCUCAUUUAGGUACAAGUGGAUAUGUAAAACUGUGCUUCGAGUAGUUCCAUGGUGGUGGCAUUCAAAUGUUUGUGCCUAUUUCGACCCCUGUGCUCAGUUUGGUAUUCUAAAGCUUUGAAUUUGUAUGCC